UGGUUGUCCACGCUUGCGCGCUCCCGCAGCGGAGGGAACUCUGGGAGACCGAGUAGCUCGGCGUCAGUGGGGGAGGGGGAGCGUCCCGGGCAAUCCUCGCGCUGUGCGCCCUUGGAGGAAGAAGCCUCCUCUGCGCAACAUCACCUCCAAGAGGAUAAGAUAAGGACGUAUUGCUGUAAAAGAACCACGUGACCUUGGGAAGUGGAACCGCGUGCCCCUAGCAAACAAACAGAAUGAGUACAGACUGGCUUGGCUACGGUUACGCAGCACUGGUUGCUUCAGGUGGAGUAAUUGGCUAUGCAAAAGCAGGUAGUGUUCCUUCUCUCGCUGCUGGUCUCUUGUUUGGUGGUUUAGCAGGCGUGGGUGCUUACCAGCAGUCUCAGGAUCCCAAGAAUGUUUGGCUUUCUCUGAUUGCUUCUGGAACCUUAACCGGUGUGAUGGGAAUGAGGUUCUAUAACUCCAGGAAAUUCAUGCCUGCAGGGUUAAUUGCUGGUGCCAGUCUGUUGAUGGUGGGAAAACUUGGACUACAGCUGAUGGAAAAACCCCUCCAGCCAUAAGCGUGCAACAGAUAAAAAAGCAAAUAAAGUACCUGAAGACAGCUUUCAAGCCACAUAAAAACAGCUGAAGUUUUUGACUUUUUAAAAUAUUGUUAGCAUCUGGAGAAGAUACUUAACUACAGAAGCAGACCAGCAUAUUAUCUCUAUUGGCUCCUUUUGCACAAUUCUAAAGUGUCAUAGCUACAAAAUUACAGCUUCCACAUCACACUUUUUAAAUUAAAAAAUGUACACAUUUCUUCCCAUAGCCCUGUGCACCUGAAGAUUGUGAAUGGGGAAAAAGUGGCAGUGAUAACCACUGCUGCUGCUGUGUUAUCUAUCAAAAACAUUUCCUUAACUUGUAUCAUAUUUCACUUCUCUGUCUUGAAAAACUGAAAUUUUCGAUGCUGCAUAGAGGGACUUCUUAAUAUAAAUUUGUAUCUGUACUUACACGGCUACUAUCAAGGUGACUAAUUUUGUUUAAGUGUCUACAAAUAAUAUAUAUUUUAAAAAUCAGGUGAAAGUUUGCUAAA